AAAUCAUUAAUGAAGUCCUCAAUUCAAAACCUUCUCCCACAUAUCCGCUCUAUAGAGGUUAGAGAUGACCAAGAACCAAGUGACCACAACUGUAACCAAGGGAACUCGAAAGUAGUGAUCACCGUGGACAACCUUAUCGAAAAACUCAAUAAACCCAACCACCCCAGCCAUAAAGUUCCCAAGAAUCCAACAAAACUUGCCUCGUCUACCCUUACCAGAGCCGUUCAGUCCAAAAUCCCCCUGCCUUCCAAGCAUUGUAAGAAGCCUAAUAAGAAACCCGAUAAUAACUCUACUACAAAUAAUACCAUAGAGAUGUACAUAGAUGUAGAAUCGGAUGAGAAUAACUACCCUAUUAAAAACAACAAGAAAAGAAAACCUAAAGAACCCUCAAAUCCCCACAAAAGACUUCUAAACCCACCCAACCCCCCUACAAAACCGCCUCAAAUCCCAAAACCAAGAAAAGCUGCCACAAAGGCUCUCAGGCCAAGAAUCUCGACUAAAAGCAGGAAUAUCCCCCAAAAUUCCCAAAAUGCUCUCAAGUCUCUUUCUUUCCCUUCAAAAUCCCAUGUUUCCCAGCUAAAUAAUUCCUCAGGGCCUCAGCCUAGACUGGGACCCUGAAUGACCCAAAGUAAUUGCCAAGGACUUCCAGUGGAGAAGAAAGACAGUUCUAGGAAGAAAUGGGAUUUGGAAAGAGAGAUUAAGAGGGUCGAGAUAAGGGGUAAAUAGAAGAACGACAAUAGCGCCAAAGAUGAUCAAGGGGGAUUUGCCAAGGAAAGCAAAGAAGAGAAAUAAGUCAGUAUCGAAAGUUCAGAUGAGUAAGAGAGCAGAAAAGAGGCAAAGGACUUUAGAUCAGACUGUUAAAAUAAAACAUAAGCCGAAGAGUACAAGACCAAAAAGUUCAAAGCCAAAUGCUAUUAAGAAAGAGAAUCUUAAAAGGAUAAGAAAGAAGGAUAAAGAACACAAGAAACAGAAGGAACUAAAACCCAUCCCUCAUAAGAAAAAUAAAAUUUCAAAGAAAAACUCUAACAAGAAAAACAAUGGAACUAAGAAGAUAUAUGAAAAGAUAGUGGAAAAGAAAGUGGAAAAGAAAGCGGAACAGAGAGUGGAGCAGAAAGUGGAACAGAAAGUGAAUCAGAAGUUGGAAAAGACAAUGAAAAAGCCAGUGGAAAAGACAGAGAAAACAAUACUAAAAGAAAAGAAUAAUGAUCUUUCGCAAAGUUUCCAACCCAUCGAGAUCUUAGCGGACUGAAACACUAAUGUUGAUUCAAUACCUGAUUUUGACGAAUGUAAUAGAACUGAUCUUAAAACCCCAAAAGUGACUGAUGUUGUUGAUGAAGCAGAAGACCUUCAUUUUGAUGAGAUAAUCUCCAAAGAUUCAGAUGUCUUUGAAGUAAAUGAAAUACAGCCUCUAAAGAAAGACACGCCUUUUAAAGCUGCUCAAGAAUUUGUUGAGAACUUUAACGACAGGAGUUUGUUUGGAGAUCGUAUUACCCCUCACAAGAACCAGUUUGCUCCUACUCCAUACAAGAGAAAUUAUAAAAUAGAGACUAUUAACGAAGUUCAGAAUGAUUCUCCACUUGAUGUUGUUACUCCUCAGAAGAAAUCUAUUUCCCCUAGAAAAUCUCAGGAAGAUCCCUGGUUCCAUGAACCUUUAGACUUAGAGUCAGAUAAGGUAGACAACAAGCAGAUAUAGUGCCUGAAGAUACUAACUGAAAGCAAGCUGUUUUGCUUAACCAAAGGGAUCCUUUUGAACACUUUGAUGAAGAAAUGACUCACCAUAACGACGUCAGUGUAACUUCAGAAAUGAUGGAGAAUAACUUUGUCAAACAAUUCUCGAUGGUUCAAAAGUCAGUGAAAGAUUUCACUAAAAAUGUUAUGAAGAAGAAAACAAGAAAGAAGCGCAAUGUAAAAGCACAGAGUAAAUAAGAAUGCAGAUGAAGAAACUAAAGAAAAUGUGAAUGAAGAUAAGCUCAAACAAAGGUUUAAAGACAACCAAAUACACUUAGAUUCCCUAAAAGAACUUGUUACUGGUCUAAAACUCACUCAAAAUUCCGAAAAAGACAUUGAACUUGACACUUUCCUUACAGAUCUUAAUAAAAUCCCCAAAAUUUCCAAAAAUUCUUCCUCACUCUACUUACUAAAAGACCAGAAACGGCUCAAAGUUCUCGAAGAGAGUCAAGAGAAUUCUUCUGGGCAGAAUCCAGAAGAGCCUAGUAAGAAAGUGUACCUGUACGGGCUAUUAACUUAUACUAUAUAA